AUGGAAAAAUACGUUGCCUUCUAAGUAAAAGACCUUUGGGAUAAAUACCAAUUUGAUAAAAAAAUUGAUUCUGGAGCAUUUGGUUCUGUUAUAAAGGUUAAAAAUACUGAGGAUUAAAAAUUAUACGCUAUGAAGAUCUAAAACUUAAAGAAUUUGAUGACUCACACGGCAGAUAACUACAGUAAAGAAAUGUUGCGCAUAAUUCGUGAGAUCAACACAUUCAAACUAACUCAUCAAAAUAUUACUAAAUUCGUAGAAUCCUACUUCACCUAAGAUGAUUAAUUCGUAAUAGUCACAGAACUUGCGGAGUCAAACCUUUGUACCUACCGAGAAAACAAUGAACUGACCAAUGCCUAGAUUGCUGAUAUAAUGAUCCAGAUAGUAAAAGGUACCAUACAUCUUCAUGACCAAAAUAUUAUGCACAGAGAUCUAAGUCCAGAUAACAUCUUAGUUUUUGAAAAUGGCAAGAAGUUUAAAAUAUGCGACUUUGGAUUAUCACAGAUGCUGAACGAAUCUUAUACUGUUGUUGGAAAACAGAAUUUCAUAGCUCCUGAAAUAGUGUUUGGCGAAGAAUUUGGCUACAGCAAUUAAGUUGACAUCUGGUCACUCGGAAUAAUACUCUACUACUUAUGCACUAAGUAAUAUCAAUAUUAAGGAAAAAAUAUUUCUGAUUUGAAGAAGCAAGAUAAAACAAUCCGUAUUCGUCUUUAAGGAUAAUAGAAGAUAUUCUAGCAGCUCCUAAACAAAAUGCUAAAAUUCGAUUCUACAAAGAGAUUAAAUUCAUUCUAAGUGCUUAGUGAGCUUUGUAAAAUUAACAAAGAGCCACUUAACAAGCAUUUAGAAAUAGAGGAAGAAAAAUAAAAAGAAUGUCAGCAAAGUUAUACUAAUGAUGAUGGUUAAAAUACAUUCAAUUUGACGUUUAAAUAAGCUAAAACUGUUGUCAAUGAAAUUAAUGCAUAACUAGUAGAGUCCUGUUUUGGACCUAUUGAUAAGGCUCACUCAUUUCAAAUGCCAAUUCUUUGGGAUACAGAUGGUAAUAGAUAUCAAGGAAAUCAUGAUAAUAAGAAAAAAUUGAAAGAUGGAAGAGGGAGAUUUAGAUAUAAUUUCAAUAAUUUAUCAUUGAAGAAUCAUAAGAAAGUUGGAUAGGAAAGAUUUAACUUUGAUAACGGAUAGGAAAGAUAUAACCUUGAUAACGGAGACUACUAUAUAGGUGAGUGGAAAGAUGAUAAAUUUAAUGGAUAUGGAAAAUAUUAUUGGAUAGAUGGAACGAUUUAUGAAGGAGAAUGGGUUAAUUUCAAGCAAGAAGGAUUAGGGUUGAUUAAACAAUUUAAUGGUAAUUAAUAUUAUGGAUCAUGGGUGGAUGGUUAGAAGUAAGGUGUAGGAGUAUACACCUACAAGAAUGGAGAUAUUGAACUAGGAUAGUGGAUGAAUAAUUAAUAACACGGGAUUCAAUUCUAUAUUUUAAAAGAUGGAGGAUUAAUAUAAAUAAGGAAUUAUGAGUAUGAUGAUCUUAAAGAGACUCUGCUCGAGAUUGUUAAACCUUAAAAGUAACUAUAGCUAUUUGAAUCUGAAAUAUUUAAUGAGUGA